AUGACAGUGCAGACAGUAUUCUCCAACUUGGUUCGUGAGGAGCCUGAUCCAAUCAUCAAAACUAUGCAACAGUACGCAAAUGACACUAACCCCAACAAAAUUGACGUUUCAAUAGGAGUUUACAAAGACAAAUCGGGUGCAUGUUAUGAGUUCCCAAGUAUUACCAAAGCCAAGCAGAUUUUACAUGACAAUGAUCCAGGACACAAUUACACCAGUAUGGCGGGCAUCCCAGAAUUUGUUGCUGGUGCACAAAAACUCGUUUUUGGUGAAGAAAUAGCUAGCCAGGGAAAAGUGGCUUCGAUUCAAACAAUCUCGGGGACCGGGUCUUUACAUAUGGCCAUGUUGUUGUAUCGUGAAGCAGGAUAUACCAAUUACUACGUAGGGACACCAGCAUGGCAAAAUUACAAACCCAUGAUUGAGCACAUUGGUGGGAAUGUAACCACAUACCGGCACUACAAUGAAGAAUCCAGGUCGGUUGAUUUUGAGAGUGUCUUGGCUGCCUUGAAUUCAGCACCGCCCAAAUCGGUCUUCCUUUUCCAAACUUGUUGUCAUAAUCCAACUGGAGCUGAUUUUACGCAUGAGCAAUGGAGGCAAAUUGGCCCCAUUUUGCAAAAGCGUCAACUAAUUCCAUUGUUGGAUACUGCGUAUCAAGGUUUCAGCUCGGGGGAUCCUUACCAAGAUGCUUGGCCUAUUCGAUACUUGUACAAGUUGGGUUUGGAAUUCCUUGUUUGUCAAUCAUUUUCCAAAAAUUUUGGUUUGUAUUCUGAGCGAUGCGGCGCAGUUCAUGCAGUUGUGCAAGAUAUCGAAUAUGUGUCCAAUGUCCAGAGCAACUUGGUUGUCCUAUUCCGUCAUGAAUGUUCCUUUGCUCCGGCCUUUGGAGCUAGGUUAGUUGCAAUUAUACUCACCAACGACAAGUUGAGGAACCAGUGGUUGAAUGAGUUGAAGGACUCAACAACAAGAUUAAAACUGUUGCGCCACCAAAUAUUGGAAAGGUUGACUAAAUUGAAAACCCCAGGAGAUUGGCAAAAUGUUGUUGAGCAAAAGGGUUUAUUCUGGUACUCAGGUUUAACCAAGGAGCAAAAUGAGCAAUUGAUCGCGAAACACAAUGUAUAUUCAACUACAAUGGGAAGGGUCAACGUCGCUGGGUUGAAUGAUGAAAAUAUCGACUAUUUCUGCCAUGCAAUCGACAGCGUGGUUAGAGAUAAUACACAUUAA